CAGGCUGCGCAGUGCCAAGCCGCCUUCCUUUGUGACGAGACCUGCCCGCAUCCGCGCCUCUGUUGGUCCGAGCUACAGGGAGGCAGAUCCCCCUCCUGAAGGUGCUGUGACACGGCGGCGUCCCGCGUGGUGGCACCUCCCCGGCCGCGGCGGCGCGGCGAUGAUCCGCGAGUGCCGCCACGACGCUCUUCUGUGACGCAGCUCCGAAGAUUGAUAGACAGCAGCAAGCGGAGGCUACGAGGCCUUCUGCGGCGCCGCCCGCGCCCCGCGGAGCCAGACUCGGCCUCCAGGCCCCUUAUAAGGCGGAGAGGGUGUACGCGUGUGAGGGAUGGGGUACCUGGCGUGUCCCGUGUGUGAGCGGGAGUCCCUGGUCAACGUGAGCGACCUCCAGCAACGAGUCGCGACCGCCCUCAUCCGGCCUCUUUCCUGCCCCAUCUGCAGCGCCUCCGUCAGCGGGCUUCAGGCUUUCCACCACCACCUGGCCGCCCAUCUCCCCAACCAACACAAUCCUUACGCCGACGCGACGCCGCCCACGCCCGUGCACAAUGUGUCGGGAUACACGCCCACGCACUCCCCCGACGCCAUUCCGAACCUGGAGCACCUGGAGAUCAGCGACGGCGCAGGAUCGCCCCGCAGCCCCUCCGUCGGGGUCCGGAAGGCGCCGGAGGAGCGGGAGUGCACGGUGGAGCGGUCGGCGUCCUCCAAGUCCCUGCAGGAUCUGAGCCCCGCCCCGGCGCAGGAGCACGCGAGCAGCAACUGCGACCUGUGCGGGCUGGUGUUCUCGUCCGAGCACUUCCUCAGGAUCCACAAGGACAUCAUCCACACCAAGAGCGACUUCUUCGACGUGUCGUGCAAGCUGUGCAAGGAGAAGUUCAAGGACUUCGAGGCGUACCGCCAGCACGUGCGCGAGAGCCACAGCGACCGCCGCUACAUCUGCGACCAGUGCCCCAAGACGUUCAAGAUGAAGGGCAGCCUGCUGGUGCACACGCGCAUGUUCCACGACCCCUGCUCGCCCGGCAAGUGCCAGGUGUGCAGCAAGACCUUCACCACGAAGGCCCGCAAGGAACUGCACGAGAAGCGCUACCACGGAAUCGGCCUCGAGCACCUGUUCGCGGCGGGCAAGGCGUCGCCGCCGUCGCCCUCGCGCCAGCAAAGGGCGGCGAGCUCCUCCGCCCUCGGGGACGCGAAGAACUGGCUGGAGACGCUGGUGACGGAGAACAAGUGCAUGGGAGACGCCUCGCUCAGGAUGCACGAGCAGGCGGGGCAGCCCUCGCCCGCGCUGCCCUUCUCUCACCCGUCGCCGACGCAGCUGCAGUUCCAGACGGCGCCCGGCCUGAAGAUGCCGCAGCAGUUCCCCCUGGCAGAGCACCCACUCGACCAGGCGUUCGGGGGGCAGGAUCACUGCGACGUGCUGGGCCGCGACGACCCGCUCCACCAGCCGAUGGCGCUGGACCCCACCGACGCCCUUCAGCAGGACGCGCAGGCCCUCGGACGGGGGCGGGCCAGGGACGCGCACCCCUGGACGCCAGAGUGCCAGCCGCACAUAUUCGGCCAGGACGUGAUGCAGGCCAAGAUGUCGCCGGAGGGCCACGCGUCGCCCUUCAAGCCGAGCGCCGCGCCCCCCGCGCACGCCCUCUUGCCGCACGCCUUCCCCGGCAGCCGGGCCGGCGUGGACUGCUCGGAGCUGAAGCAGGAGAAGCUCUCGCUGUCGGCGUCCUCGUGCUCGGAGACGGGCGUUCCCCGCAUCGUGGGCGGCCACCCGCAGCAGAGCCCCGUGGCGGUGGUGUGCACCCGCGGAGGCGCGCAGGAACAGCUUCCCGCUCGUCAGCCUCAGCAAACCCGCCCUCCCGGCCGCCGACGCGACGCGCCUCCACGCCGGCAGCUACGUCAGCGAGUUUUCCCUGGCGGGCUCCGGCGGCGUGCCCAUGUCGCCCGCCGUGUGCCCGCCGGCCGCGGGGGACAAGGCGCUCGGCCCCUUCCCCGCGUCGCAGCCGCUCCUGUACCACCCGGGCCACGCCAGCCUGCACGUGGCCAGCUACAGCCCGGGCCUCGCGCUCAUCGGCGGCGCCCCCGACUCCAAGGUGGGCGUGCGCGUGCCGCCCAUCGCCAUUCCCGCCGCGCAGAUGUACGCGGGCGACAAGCUGAAGGAGUCGCCCGACAGCCCCGGCCAGAUGGCGAAGGCGCUGGACGGCGGCGGCGCCCCGGACGCCCUGCCGGCGCCCGAGGCCGAGGGCGGCGACGCGGCGGCGACGCGCCCGCAGGAACCGCCCUGCGAAGGGAGGCCCGACGGAGGGCGCUCGCGCCCCGGCGCCGCAGGUGGCAACGCCGCGGCGUCUUCCAAGAAGGAGGGCGGGGGCGGCAAGGGGGACGCCAAGCAGUGGGAGUGUGAAGUCUGCAAGAAAUCCUUCACCACGAAAUACUUCCUGAAGAAGCACAAGCGUCUGCACACAGGUGAGACCCCGUACGCCUGCGAGGAAUGCGGCAAGACCUUCACCUUCCAGCAGAGUUACCACAAGCACAUCCUGUAUCAUUCGGACGACAAACCUCACCAGUGUUCGUACUGCGGCCGAGCCUUCAAGGAGAUGUCCACGCUGCACAACCACGUCAGGAUACAUACAGGGGAGAAGCCUUUUGUGUGCGAGACUUGUGGGAAAGCCUUCAGGCAGCGGGUGUCCUACUUAGUGCACCAGAGAAUCCACACCGGCGUCAUGCCCUAUACUUGUGACGUGUGCAACAGAUCCUUUAGAUAUAAGGUGAGUCUGCGCUCCCAUCGCUGCGAGCCCAACGCCGGGUCUUCGCCGGCAGGAGGGGGGUCGCGGAAGGAAUUCGCAGGAGGAGAGAGGGGGAGAGGGAGUCCUGCGACGCCCAUCGCCGCCCACGCUGCGCUGCCGACCCUCACGCCCCUAAGGACGGCGGCCACCACGGUGGGCGCCCCGGCCGUCGCGGGCAAGGCGGGCGAGGCAGGCGCCGGGGACUCCGCGCUGAUGCCGCUGCCCUCGCCCUCGCCCACAGCGGGAGUCAGCAGGGAGGCCGACGUCCCAGCU